AGCUUUCUCAUUUCGCUAUAUGGAAGCAACAAUAAAUCUCAAAAUCUCAAUGAUCUUCGCUUCCAGUUGUUUACAAGAGUGGCAGCUAAGUCUAACAUGAACCUGGCCAGGUUGCCUCCAACCAGAAAUGCUGCAAGAUUUCACUGUCUGCGCACGUACCAACAGGUACAGAAAUGGCUGGGGAACGAGAAGAAUCCUCUCGAUUGGGGCUGGAUCAGGAGUGCACAAGGUCUUAUUCCGCAACUGAUGACGAAACCACCAGCUCCUCAGCUCCUGCUCAACAUGAUUUCCUGCACUUGCAAGAAAGGUUGUACGUAUAACUGCGGCUGUAGAAAAGCAGGACUCAAAUGCUCGGCUAUUUGCAACCACUGCAGCGGUAAAUCUUGCGAGAACAUACCUGACCUUAUUUACGACAUUGAUGAGACACUUAUUGACGAUCAGAUGACGAUUUAUAUCUACCUGAUGAGAAAGAAGUUCAGACAAGGCAAGCUGCCUCCAAAGCAGGUGCUAUAG